AAAAAAGAAAAAAAUAAGGAAAAGGGGAAAGUUUUGUUUGUUUAUCGAGAGAAAGUGGGGUCACUGGCGAUCUCGCGGCCGGAGAGCGUUUUUUGAGAGAGUGGACGGUGUAUUCAGCUAUUUGGCCGGAAAAUAAUUUCCGUCGACGGUGGAGAUUUGUACGGUUGACGGAAUAGGAAUUUUUUCUUCCGAUCCGGCAGUGUUAUUUGCGCGGAAGAGAGAUGGUGAAUUCUGUGGUGGCGCGUGCUACGAGCGAUAUGUUGAUUGGUCCAGAUUGGGCUAUGAACAUCGAGAUCUGUGAUAUGCUCAACCAUGACCCUGGGCAAGCGAGGGAUGUUGUUAAAGGUAUAAAGAAGCGCCUUGGAAGCAAGAACGCAAAAGUUCAACUUCUUGCCCUGACGCUGUUGGAAACAAUCAUUAAGAAUUGUGGGGACAUUGUUCAUAUGCAUGUGGCAGAGAAGGGUCUUCUUCAUGAGAUGGUAAAAAUGGUGAAGAAGAAGCCUGAUUUUCGCGUCAAAGAGAAGAUAUUGACUCUGAUAGAUACUUGGCAAGAAGCUUUUGGAGGAGCUAGGGCGAGAUAUCCACAAUAUUAUGCUGCAUACCAUGAAUUGUUGCGUGCUGGGGCAGUUUUCCCCCAGAGAUCUGAGAGCUCUGGGCCUGUAUUCACCCCCCCACAAACACAACCGUUGGUAUCUUUUCCUCCUAAUCUGCGGAACCCCGAUCGUAAUCAGCAAGAUGAUGCUGAGACCUCAACGGAGUCCGAGUUUCCGACUUUGAGCCUGACUGAAAUUCAAAAUGCCCGUGGCAUUAUGGAUGUCCUUUCAGAAAUGGUUAAUGCAUUAGAACCAGGGAAUAAAGAGGCUAUCAGGCAGGAGGUUAUUGUUGACUUGGUUGAACAGUGCCGUACUUACAAGCAGAGGGUGGUUCACCUUGUUAACUCAACCGCAGAUGAGUCACUACUUUGCCAAGGACUUGCACUUAAUGAUGAUCUUCAGAGGCUACUUGCGAGGCAUGAAUCGAUUUCUUCUGGGAAACCUGUUGCUCAGAACCCAAAGUCUGGAUCUGCUACAGCACACGUUGAUGGAGACCGGCCUCUUAUUGACACUGGAGAUAACAGCAAACAGCCUGAGACAAAAGCUGCCUCAAAUGCCGGUGAAGGUUCUCAAAUCCUGAACCAGGGGUUGCUGCCGGCACCUGCUUCAACUAAUGGUCCAGCUCCUCCAAGUAGGGUUGAACCCAGUGUGGACCUGCUAAGCGGUGACUUCAAUUCACCAAAGGCAGAGACUUCAUUGGCUCUUGUUCCUGUUGGAGAGCAACAACCUAAUAAUCCUCCUGCAUCCGAUCAAAAUGCUCUUGUUCUUUUUGACAUGUUCUCUGAUGGUAACAAUGCCUCUAAUCCUGCAAAUCCCCCUCCUAUCAGUCCCGGUGGGCAAUCCCCCCACCCACAUGCUUCCCAAUUUCAACAGCAACAGCAACAGCAGCAGCAGCCAAAUGUUCACUCCCCGCAGGCUGGAUUUUAUCCAAAUGGGAACGUUACGAACAUGGGUUCGCCUAAUUAUGAGCAAUCGAUGUACAUGCAGGGCCCAGGUUCUCCCUGGAAUGGUCCAAUUACUCAGCAGCAGCAGCAACUGCAGCAGCCCCCUUCACCUGGCUAUGGUUUGCAAACAACCGGCGCAUUGCCACCUCCUCCCUGGGAAGCUCAGUCUCCUGAUGGUGGCAGCCCAGUAUCAGGUUCUCAUUACUCUCAACCAAUGCAGGUUACUACUCAGGUUAUUGUCUCACACGGACUCGGUGGACAUCCCCAGGGACCUCAAUCCAUGGGGAAUGAGGUUGUAGGCAUAGGUAUGUACAUCCAGUCCAUGACGAGUGGUCAAAUGUCUAACGUCAAUAGCCAUGUUAAUCCGAGCCAUCAGUUGUUGCACCCACAGCAGAUCCCAGGCAUGCAAAAUAUGGUCAUGGCAAUGCCUCCACAGCAUCCGCAAGCUAAUCAGAUGACACAACCUUAUUACCCUCAACAGCAGAUGUAUGGCAACCACAACAACCAAUACAACAACCCUAGCUAUGGCUAUGGUCAUGGUCAAUCACAAGUGCCCCAAUAUCUUGAGCAGCAAAUGUAUGGCCUAUCAGUUGGAGAUGACAUGAGUAUGAGCAGUUCGUCUUCUCAGACUUCUGCUUUAUCCUAUGUGCCUCCCAUGAAGCCGGUCACUAAGCCAGAGGACAAACUUUUUGGGGAUCUCGUCGACAUUGCGAAAUUCAAACCUGCGACGUCCGCUCCUGGCAGAGCUGGUAGCAUGUGAAAUCAUUGCUGAACCUUUUUCCUCUGGUUAUUUUAUACCUCCCCCUGUUUCACAUUGCAUACAUAUAGUAGUGCUUUUGCCUUUGGCCCCUCAUUCUUGUUGCCUGUUUUGAGUAUUAUUGAAAUCGUGUAUAUUUCUUGUAGAGGGAUGGAAAAAGGAAAAGAGAAAAGGAAAAGGCCUUGGGAGACCACUUGCCUUAAAAUUGGACUUUUGUUGAUUUAUUUUCCCUUCAUUUUUUUUUUUUGAAAUAAAAACUUUAGUGUAAAGUUCAUCUCUGAUUCAUUUUUA